AUGGCGGCAGUCAAUGGGACUGGUGAGCAAGUGACUGGCACGCGAGUUGCGGCUAAUGCGGAUCUUCAUCGGGAAUGGCAGAAUCUGCGAACCUCGAGAAUGUUAUGUGAUGUGGAGCUGCGUGGUGCCGAAGCGCAGUCUACAGGGAUUCCCUGUCAUCGCAGCGUACUCAGUGUGCACAGUGGGUAUUUUCGCAUCAUGUUCCUAUCGGGGAUGAAGGAAUCCACAGAGACAGCUGUUCAGCUGCGAAACAUCUCCCAUAUUGUUCUAUCCGAGUUGAUUGACUAUUGCUACGUGGGAGAUGUUCUCCUCACCGACAACAACGUGCAAUCACUGCUAACUGCUGCGUCGUUUCUGGACAUUGGUGCCGUCGUAGAAUCCUGCUGGACAUUUAUGGAAAGCCGUACAGACGUUCAGAACUGCCUGAUGGUGUAUUGUUUCGCGGAUUCCGAUGCGCAUAAGAACGCUGCGUUAGCACGCAAAGCCAAGGCGUUGGUGCUCCAAGGUUUUGUUUCUGUUUCCCAGCAGCCGGAAUUCCUUGCGCUGUCAAACGAAAAGGUAAUCGACAUCAUUCGCUCCGACGAUAUUCAGGUGCCUGGUGAAGAUCAGGUUCUGCUCGCUGUCAAAGGCUGGCUCCAGCAUAAUCCCAUGCAGCGACGCUGUAAGUUCUGGGAGAUCCUGCAGUGCGUUCGGCCCUCCUACUUGAGCCCACAGGGCAUCAAGGACUACUUAUUGGCCUGCAUCAACGCCCUUAAGUAUUACGCCGGCGGAGAUGGACUGCUGCACCAGUCGGAUGAUUUGCAGGUUUUACCGGGAAGCGACGCGGAGCCUUUAUCGUCGCGGAGUGUUGCUCGGAAGUCGUAUGGGAUUGAGAACAUUACUGUCUGUGCCGGAGGGCAUUCCGAAACUUCCUGGAUUUCUCAGGUAGACAGCGUAGAUGGCGUUAACCCACGCACUUCCCGAUGGAGGAAGCUGGCGCGGCUUCCGUACCGUGUGGCCAACAGCGGUUUGGCGGUCAUCAACAAUGAGCUGUUCUUGUGCGGUGGCAUCAUCGGUUGUGGUGACUCGCGUGUGACGCCGCGGACGAUUCGUUAUAACCGUACCCUUACUUGUUGGACGGAUAUGGCGCCGAUGCAAACUGGUCAAGGUAAUCAUAGUGCUGCGGCCAUUGCGGGCCACAUUUACGCAGUUGGUGGUUAUGGGAGCGAUACGCGCACGCUAGCCACAGUGGAGCGUUACGAUGUGACCACCAAUCAGUGGACGUAUGUGGCGUCCUUACCCACGCCGCUGGAGAAGUUCGCGAUCGUGGAAGGAGCGGUGGCGCCCUCACCGCCCUGA